CAGCGACAAGAAUUUCGUCCAGUCGCAUUUUGGCCCACGUCUGAGUGCAACGGUCGCACGGUGCGUUUUUGCUACAAUCGAACUAAUUAACGCAGGUAAAUUUCGAUUGCACACGAUUUAUUAAUGAAGCAAAUCUUGACCUACAUUAAUAAAUUCAAAGACGACCGUGCGCAUGCGUUAUUCGGCAUUAUUGCGUCACAAAUAUCAAUACAUGGGACUGGAGUAGCAUACACUUUGGUUUAAAGUGUUCGCCCUAUUUUUGGUUUUAAUUCAAAGACAGACAUGUCGGCGGGAGAUUCUCUGGGACCUUCUGGUGGCGACGAUGGAAUCGUUGGCGGUCCCAGGACGCCCCAGCAGGUCGCCGCACAGAAGCGCCUCCAACAAACACAGGCGCAGGUCGACGAGGUCGUCGACAUCAUGAAAACGAACGUAGAAAAGGUACUCGAACGGGACCAGAAAUUAUCGGAGCUAGACGAUAGGGCAGACGCACUGCAACAGGGAGCGUCGCAAUUCGAACAGCAGGCGGGAAAGUUGAAACGAAAAUUUUGGCUACAAAAUCUAAAGAUGAUGAUAAUAAUGGGCGCGAUCGGUCUCGUCAUUCUAAUUAUCAUUAUCAUGAAAUUUAUGCCCGAAAGUACACCUCAACCUCAAGUUCAACAAUACAACCCAGCGCUGAUCCAGCCAGGAGCCGGACCUGCCGCACCGCAGCCAGGUCAGGUUGCGAACACCCCAGCGCCGCCAGCGGCAAGCGGUUAACUUCAACCAACACUUUAAGUUUUAACAAAUUCUUUUUUAUAGGAAUUCAACCCUUAAGGUCGUUUCGUUCAAGGGCCACUAACACAAGCUUUAAAUUGGCGGUCUUGUACAGGUUCUUGUCACUCCAAAAGGUGAAGGACAAUAACGAUCGACACCAAUAACUCUUAAAUAAAUAAAAGAGUGGCGCCAACGAAGCGACCUUAAAAUUUCAUUAUUUCAAAACAAAAUGACUUCUGGGCUAUAAUGUAUGCGUAGAUAAAUGUUAUCUGUAAAUUUCCGCUUUGAAUAUCCGUAAUACGCGUCGCAUACACAUAAUACCUAUUCUGACCUUAUCUGUAUGCGAGUAUUGCACACAACUGUAUAUCUUAUAUAAAUGUUAAUAAAACAAUUGCGUGAAUGCGCAGCGUGGGUGAUCGCAUCAAGGCUUCGAACACCAAGAUCACCCCCUGCGCGCAAACAAUUACGGUAUCGAAAUGAGUAGGUUUCUAAUUUCUUCUAUUUGACGUAGAAUAGCAUUAUAAGCAAAAUGGAGGAUUAUGCACGAUCAGUAUGCGAAGACAGUGUGAGUAUAGAAAAAUCUUUGAAUUUUUAGAUGUUAACAAAAAAAAA